AUGCAGCAGCCAGAGCCGCGCAACAGCCGCUCAACAGAUUCGAAAACGGCGGCGGACGAGGAGAACGGCCCACGCAAGCGCAUCAAUGGCCAGAGGUGGUGGUUGGUCAACGAGAGAAAGCUGCGGCACGGCACCGAGGAGGCGCUGCUUCGGUGCGCGAGAGACGACGUAGGAGGGAAGAGCAGCUCCGGAUCGGCGCCGCCAACGAGGGAACCAGGAAACGAGCGGAGGACAGACAAGGACGCCGCACCGAGUCGCAAGAAAGAAGAGAGGAGAAGAAACAGCAGGGAAAUGCAGAGGCGCAGGGUCGAGCAGCUGGAGAGGAAGUUGGGGGAUUGA